CCUCUACUACGUCAGUGAGAGUUUGACCACGGUUGUAGUAAGGUGUCUCACGCGUCGUCGCAUCCACAAAAGCUCGUGCAUGUUUAUUGUUUUGGCGGUCCAGGCUUCAUGAGUCUGGAAGGAAAAAGCCUUAUUUGCCUGAUUCCUCUGAGCGACUGUCGCUGAAAGCUUUCGGAGAUCUCUCGUCUGUGUGCAACAAGUGCAUUUCCCCCCAGUGAUUUCUUGCGCUGUGGAAUGCACCUGCCACAGAUCUUUGCAGGAUCUGGAAAUCCUUCCAGGCCAUAUAUGUGAGGUUGUCAAGUGCCUGGACUUGGGGGUAGUACCGGUAGCGUCAGUCUUCAACCUCUCUCUCUUGUGUUUCAAGUGCGUUAGUUGUCUCGUGACGCUGCUAUGUGUCACCCAAAGACCUGUUACUCGUGAAAGUGUUUGUCUGUGAGGUACAAAAGCGACUUAUGUGAUGCUAAUGCAGAACAGAUAACGAGAUUCAGACCGGCUGGAGUCGUCGAGUUUCCUGUGAUUGCGCCUCAACAACAGGGUGAUGACGAUGGAGGCGUCCACUCACCACCACCGCAUCACGCGUCGGCUUUUGAUACGCGGAUGGCUUCUCGCCUUGGCGACGACGGUAACAACCGCAGAGCAACGGUUCGCCAACCAACCGUCGCCGCAGACGGCCCUCAUUGGCUCCACCGUCGUGCUGCCUUGCCGGAUUACGGAGCGCGUCGGGGAGGUGCAGUGGACGAGGGAUGACUUCGGACUCGGCAACGAGAGGGAACUUUACGCUUUCCAGAGAUACCAGAUGAUCGGCUCCGACGAAGAAGGCGACUUCAGCCUUCGCAUCAGCCCCGUGACACUGGAGGACGACGCGCAUUUCCAAUGUCAGGUCACAGGAUGGCGGAACGUCCCAGGAGUCAGGUCGCAGUCAGCCAAACUGACAGUCUACGCCCCGCCCGAGUCGCCUACAAUAGCGCCGGGACCUCUCGUCACCACCACGGCCGGGGUCGGGGUGCAGCUGGAGUGCUCGUCGAACUUGGGAAAACCAGCUGCAGAGCUGCAGUGGUUGGACGGAUCCGGGCACGUGGUGAAGGAGGGGGUGCAGUACACAACGGUGAAGGCCGAGGGCGGCCACAGGUACAACGCCACUUCCACUUUAAGCUUCUUGGCGGGGAGCGAGCACCAUGAGUCUCUUUUCACCUGCUUCGCGUCAAGCCCGGCCCUUAAUGAGCCCGCAAGCGCGCAGGUACGACUCGAGGUAAUCUACCCACCUGAGAUCACUAUAACAACUGAUUUAACGGGCUACAGAGAGGGGCAGACGGCUACGCUCACCUGCUCCGCCAGGGCAAAUCCCAACGUGCUCACAUACAGAUGGUACCGAAACGGCAAACAGGUGACGGACAAUAACGCCACUCAGCUGGUCGUCGGGAACGUCACCAAGGCCAGUGCUUCGGAGGAUUUCUCCUGCCAAGUGUCGAACGAAAUCGGCGCCUCCAGGAAGUCGAUCCGGCUCCCCAUCCACUAUGGGCCCAUCUUCGUCGAUCCCCCAGUAGACCAAUACGCCGACGUAGGCGAAGAGGUAUCCCUGGUGUGCGAGGUGGACUCAAGCCCUGAUCCUACGAUCCUCUGGAUCAGUCAGAAGACGCAGGGCGUCGUUGGGAAAGGCCCCAAGCUCGACCUCAACGUCACCGAGGGCACCAUCGGCAGGUACCUCUGCCUGGCGAAGGUGGAGGACUUCCCGGAAAUAUCUGCCCUCGUGGGGGUGUUCACUAAGGUACCCCCCCGCGUCAGCUGCGCCCAAGAGCAAUGGGCCAAAAUGGGCGACGACGCGAUGCUGGAAUGCACCAUCGGUGGCACUUCCGCCCAAUCCCUGAGAGUCAUCUGGACGCGACAUGGAAAGGAAAUAAACCUAGAGAGCGAGCGAUACAAAGUGGAACAGUGGGUGACGAGGGACGGAAUUCGACACAUACUGUCCAUCAGAGAGGCCCACGACGAGGACUUCGGCUCCUACAACUUUUCGGCUCAUAACGAUUACGGCUCCGAUUUCUUCGAAAUGGUCCUUCGUCAGACAAGAAAACUUCCCUUCGUCAUCAUGGUCGGCGGCGUGACUGGAGGGAUCGUCUUCGUGGUCGUUGUACUGACGAUUGUCGUUAUCUGUGCAAGGAAGUCGGCUACGUCCCAGAAAGAAGCCAAGAAACUCGUCCUUCCAGAGAAGACCGUAUCCUUCCAGAUGAACGAUCAAAGUUCGACGUCGACUGAUUCUGAUCUGAAGGUUGAGAGCAGCCGGAAGAAAGGGCCUUCCAUGAUCAGCAGGAAGAACGGCGACGUCGAAUGCUGGAGGAACGAAGCCAACCGCGUGAUGGAGACCGCCUACCUCACCUCCUCCUCGAAGCCUCCUUAUAUUUGCCCGGAUACUUACACGGCCGUGCCCAUCAGGACGAACGGACACCUGCGGAGGAAGAGCGAGAGCUACUGCUUCAGCAACUACGCCGACCACGCCGUCCUCAUGGACCACCAGCAGCCCCAGCGGGUGUCGCCUCCGGCGGGCGAAUUCCUGAGGAACGGCAACAACGGCGUGAGGAAGUCUCUAGGGGCAGGGCUUAGCAGCAGCAGCAGCAGGGGCCUGCGGUCCUCCAACGACCUAGUGACGGCCAGCCAGUACGCCCUUUACCCGGGAUACGACGACUACGGAGUCCGUGACGCCGCCGUCGAGGAGAACAACCGCUUCUCUCACGCCUACGGGGACGGGGGCGGCGUCAGUAAUCCGAACUUCAAGGCGUCGUGCGGGUCGCUGCCUCUGUCCUUCCACGUGAACUCGAGGACGAGCGUGGCCAAGGGGCACCCUCCCACGGGAAGGCCACGGCUGGGCACGCAAGUCCUUCCGAAUCAUUACUACGCUCCCGGGACGCAGUUGCUGGACGGAUCUCUGGCGACUCAUGUGUGACGUCAUCGGUCGUUGAUGAUUUGAUGAUGUUUCCUACUUUAUUUAUUUACGCGAGCGCGUAGUGAUGUCGAACGAUAAAGCACGAAAAGACAAGACAGAGAUAGUGAACUCUUCACAAAACUACAAAAUACUGCAUGGAAAAACCAGAUCCCCCCAAAAAUAUUACGGAUUUAAAACCAAGAUUAGUAUGUCGUAAAGAAAAUGAAGUUUAUUUAACUUGACACUUCAUACUUCAACGUUCAGCUCGUAAUGGGUACAACCAGAAACAAAAUGCUCACAUUUGACACAGACUUAAGAGACUCUCUCUCCUCUCUCUCUCUUAGAUACCACGACUGCAUAGAUUGCAAUGUCACUUUCGGCAUUAGCCGAUUUCUUCUUUUCCACGACCCAAAAUAAUACGAGUGGACCUCUUCAGAGUUACGUAAGGAAGGAAUGAAGGUGAACCCAACGUCUUCAAUCUAUACGAAUUGCGGUGGUGGAGCCUCCGGAUUCUGAAGAAUUCAAUGCUUAAUGAAUAACGAAUAAGUUACUCAAUACGAAUGAUCUCUCCGGGAUAAGAUUUCCAAUGAGGGAUCCCUCAUUACAGCGUAAUGAUCUCAAUUGAUAAGAGUCCUUUGGUACAAUAGGGGCAUAUCUCGCAAAAGACAAUGCGUCGUCUUCAAGAGACUGGCGGAUUUUUUGUUUUGUUUUUUCUUAACUGUAUAAUGAUAUAGUAUCUCAUCCACUACAGAGACAAGAAGAGAAUACGAGAACAUAAUUAUCUCGACCUGCUUAGCCAAAGAUUACGGGAAACUAUACGUAAUGAGAUAUGCUAUUUAUGCCUGAAUGAAAUGUAUCUUGAUGUAGCUCUUGAAUUAGAUUCUCUGUUCAAAGGAGAAAACAAAGUUCAGAGGGAAAUGCAAAAUGCAAAAGGAAAUAAAUUCCAUUAUUCUAGGACUGAAAAUGUGAAUAAAUCAGAUAUUUCUGACAUGAAUCUCUGAUUUCGCGUUGUAACUAUUUUUUUUUCUUUUUUUUACCUAGUGCUUUCAAGGACGGGGAGAAUCAUAAUGCUUCUUACUGCGGUUGUUGUAUUUUGACUUGAAUGUUUAUCGUAACUGGUGCUGUUGCUGACGCUUUCUUUUAAAAAAAUAAAAAAGACCUUAUAUGGACAUAGAUAUAUAUAAUGGAUGUCUUGCCAUGUAUGUUAGGAUAAGGAUUCCAUGUCCAUCAAUAUUUUUGCUCAUUCACUGUCAUUCACUGUAAAUACCACGAAUUCUAUUUUGUAAAUACGGUUGUGUUAUCAAUAAAUAUUUUUAUACACAUAAAACAAACCCAA